CAUAAAAACAGCUAUGAAAUUUUAAUUUAAUCUUAUUUUAGCCUUAAAAUGUUAAUUUAUUUAAAGAAAAUCUAGAAUCUAAGUGUAAUUUGCAUAGUGUAUUUCCUAUUUAUAAGAUUAGUUACUAAUCUGUUGUUGAAGAACGUUGUGAUAAUUAAGAACUUGUGUUAUCAGUUUGUGUGUUUGUUGUUCUUGUUCUAAUAGAUAAAGUUGUUUUAAAUAUGACGGAUAAUAAAGCUCUUGUGAUGGCAACUGCAAACGAGAUGAUGAAUAAAUCGAAAGAGCUACAAAGGGAGAUAUUGAUGGAAAAACUGAGAUCAAAAACAUCACAGUUCAAAAAUUUAAGUGAAACUUCCAAAGCAGUUCGUAUGGCCAUGCUGGAUAAAAGAUGGGCAGUUGACAGUGCUGAUCGUAUGAUUCUUCAGAAAUGCCUUGACAGCUUACAACAUUGCAUCAAAGUGAGCUCCCUUCAGAGCCUCAUAGAGAGGUUGGAGUGCCUUUCCAGACAACUGGGAUUAAAAUUUGUAGUGGGUCAAUCAGGUGUCAAUUUAUUCAUAUCAUCUGAUAUGUUUUAUUUGGAAAUAUUAGUUGAAUCCUCUGGUAAUGUGAAGGAUGUCAAGAUACAUCAUGAGGGCAAGAUAGAGCAGCAAAGUUGUGAAGAAUUAGUGCAGUGUAUAUCACGGGGGGAUUUUGCAGACUUCACAGCACAACUGGAAGGUCUUACAGCUGUAUACCAAUUGAAUGCUGAAAAAAAAGUAAAAUGUAAAGCAUUCAGUGCACUGCAAAGUUUAGAAGAAGAUUUAUGUACACUGAGGCAAUUGCAAAGUUUCAUCAAGGACCCCUGGGCGCAGGUGCAUAAAAGUCCAAUAGGAUUCUUGCAAAAAAGGAGAGGAGGUCAUGCAAUGCGUCUGACAUACUUCGUAUCGCCUUACGAAUUGUUGGACAAGGACAAAGGUCUACAACCACUGACGGCUGAACUAUUAACACUAGGAAAGCCAUCGGCUUCAACUGGGCUAGCGUCGCUCGUGGCGCCCUCACACACGCCUAUAGGACAUUCUGCGACGGUCCUUCUAGAAGGUUCUACAGCUAAUAAGCUUCAACUAUCGCCUAUAAUAUCCGGUGCUCAGAGACCAGGAAAAGGAAAUGGUCCAGUGUACGCCCAGUUGGUGCCUCAGAACAGCGCAAUGCUACCCGCGUGCUACACUCUCAAGCUCUCCCAACCCACGCCGUUAUGUGCUGGGCUCGCCAAACUCAUUAAUGCUACAACUGAGGUUGAAGUGGCUGGCGAUUGGGCGAACGCUAAACCCAUAAUGGGCCUGGUCGCCCAACAAGCAUAUAACAAACUUGCGCCUGGCAAAAUCAUCGAGUUGAAUCUCAGCAAGGGUCUUUUUGUGAACCUCCCCGAGCAAUGGCAAUGCUACUUCCUGUGUGAAACGCGCGGAUUGGACGGCUGCGUGGUGACGAGUGUUCCGUUCACGCACCCGUCGCACGUGCCGCCGCUGCUGGCCGCGCUGCGCCAGCAGGCGCUCUUCAACGCGCUCGUCGCUAGCUGCGUGCGCUUGCAGACCAAGCAAGUGAUGGAGCUAGAAAGUGUGCUAAUGUUCGAAGUGAGCGCGCUAUCGUGGCAGCACAUAUCAAUAUCACUGGAACAUCCACUGGACGAAAGCAUGGCCACUGUGGAGCUGGAGCUCUCGGACCCGGCCGCUCCCCGCGCCUCUGUGUACACGCUCAACUCUCCACCGAGAGACCAUAUUGACGAUUAUAUUACUAAGGUUCUACAGAAGAGUCACUCUAUACCUAUUACGCUCAGGUCUCUUGUCAAAAUCUGGGAGCGAGAAGCGGCAACGAAGCAACUGAACGGCAGCUACUCGGCUUUGGAGUCAAAUUUUAGCUGCGGCCUGGGGGGCCUCGACCCCGGGGGCGACGUGAAGCACGAGCCCGGCAACGUCAGCCAUCCGCACCAAGGGGGUUCAUACCUAUCAGAUCAACAACACCAUCUAACAAUGAUGUGUCAAGACUCUAAUACAAGCGAUUCAAAGCCACAUGGUUCUGAGGAGCGCAGGUCAAAAAAGCGGAAAUCAGACCAAGGUCUGUGGCCCUCAGCCCAAAAAAAGGGUAAACCAGGCAUGAACGCUUUAAUGGAUUCUGAUAGCGAGAGUGACAAUUCUGAUGGUUACGGCAACGAGGACGAUAAUACUAUGAAUAGUAAUUCAACUAAUGACGAUGUUGAAAUUGAGGGUCGGGAAUCGUCGGUGUCUCAAAACGAAUUCGCGUCGGAUUUGGAGCUGUCAGUAAUGGACGCCCAGGACGCGCUCGGCAGUCAAGACAACAGAACUUCGUCCGAUUUGGACAACUCAAAUGAUGGAGACGUUGAAGAUUUAAUCAGGAAUUCUUUUCACAAGUCUGAGCACAAAAGGCAAAAACUGAAAAAGGAAUCCGAAUCACGAAGUAGAAGCACGUCUUCGUUACUUCUGGACCUUACGGACGGAAAAUCUUACAUGCCGUCGUCUGUAAGCAUCACUCCGAUAGGAUCCAGCUCUAAUCCGCCCAACUCUGUGUCCGGGUCUAAUUUAUCAUCUAUGCUGUGUCUCGAUAGAAGGCCUGGCAUAGAGAUCAUACCUAUCACGGCCGCUGCGCCAGCCGCCUUGCCCAGUUCUAUAACGAUAACGCCGAUAACGUCUUCCCAGAUCAAGUCUAUGGACGAUCGAAUAAGAUCUGAUAAAAAAUCAAGUAGAUCAGGCGAAGAACGUAGCAAAGAGAAAAAGAAAAAGCGGCGGAGGGACGACUCCAUGGGCCCGCCGGAAAAGAUUCCGCCCAAGCAAGACCCUCUGACCAAACCUGUCUCUGUGAGUAUCAAACCAACAGACGGCUCUCCGAUGCGCUCCACCUCUCCGAACUCACUUCUACGAAAGUUUAGCCCCAGCCCGACUCACGGCAGGUCAGUAUCGAUUACGAAAUCCCCAAGUCCGAGUAGUGUUAAAGGCAUAGGUAAACCUUCGGGAACAUCCAGUCACCACAGUAGUCCUAGACACUCGCCCGUUCCGAAUAGCCCCAAACAUCUUCCUGGAUAUUCGAGUCCAAAAAACCAUAGCAUCUCUUCACCGAAACAUAGUUCCUCUGGCUCGGGAAAACCGAGCAUGUCAACGUUAAAGUCAGCAACUAGUGGGUCCCCUUCCGGGAAGUCUGGCACCACUGGCUAUGAUCUGACUAAAAAGAUCUCGAAAGACAGCUAUAGUUCCAGUUCAACGACUUCGAGGGAAAAAGAAAAGAAACCAUCUAGCCUUUCUUUUUCUAGUUCAGAUAGAAGCAGUCCAAAGUUAAAAAACCCAAUGAAAUUAAAACAAUUAGAAAUCACUCCGGUAACAUGUGACAGUCCCGUGACCGAACCAUUAAUAUCUCCACCUAACGUUGAAGUGAAUAAAUCAAAUGCCCCCAGCCAAGCUCGUAAUCGUAAAGGUUCCCUCAGUGCGGUAAUAGACAAAUUGAAAUCUGCUCAACACUGUGGCACAGAUUCAGAAAUAACAGUCAAAUCGAGUUCGUCGAGCAGCACCAGCAAAUUUUCAGAUCCAAAAAACAGCGCAGCAAGUAGUAGUCUAAAGCUAAAUGAAAGUAAAAAUCAGGAGUAUAUGGUUAAGCCGAGCUUAGAUGGUAUGAAAAUAACGAUUAAUAAAACCAGAUCCAAAGAGUCAUCCUCGUCAAGCAGUAGUUCAAAAUUAAGCUAUUCCAGUUCUGGUUCCAGUAAACAAUCGUCGCCUCAGCUCACUCCGCCCAGCCAGGGUUCUCCUAAAACACACACCGGUUUGAAACCGGGCGUAAUUAGUGGGCCUGCUUCUAAAAAAACUCAAGUUAUGCAAUCAUCCAAAUCUGCUAGCGUCACUACUGGUUCAACCCCGCCUAAAGCAAACAUGAGCCCGUCAGAACAAUCAGCCGCUAAUGUUCCCAAAGUGCCUUAUUCUAAAUCAUCCAGUAGCGGUUCUACUGGUAUUAACUUAUCUAAAUCUGGCUCCAAAUCAUCAGGAUCGCCUAAAAGUAGCAAUUCAGAUCUUGCCAAAAUGAUGAGAGAUAGAGAUCGUGAAAAAGCUAGGACCAAGAUAAUGAGUAAUUCUGACAAGUCAAUUUUUUCAUCCAAAUCUGAGCGACAUUCUAGCCCUAGUAGUUCGAGAGACGAGGUUGACGGAGAUCGAUUUAAAAAUUCAACAAAAGACGCUAGCUUUUUAGUCGAAGGUUUAAUUAAACCUCUAGAUACUAGUAAGUUUCAAAUACCAAAAUUAAAAAAUCAGAACACUCCCGAUAAGAACAGUCCCGUAUCGCAGUACGAUAGUCGAUCGAUGGUAAACGAUUUUGCUAGGUCCAUGGAUCAAAAUAAAUAUUCGUUUUCUCACUUCGAUAAUCCGAAUAGAAACGUUGAUUCAAUACAGAAGUCCGCAUAUCCUUUAAAUGUACCAAAACCAUUAUUAAAUAUAGGAGGCGUGAGUCCAAAAACAAUUCCGCCGAGCAAAAGUGAACAAUCUGAAUAUUCUAAAGUACUAUCCGAUAGUAUAGCGAAAAGUGAGAGUCCCCAGCGAAUUAAAGACGACCCGAAAGAAAGCUAUUCUGGGACCUAUCCCCUCAUGCCGUUAGAUUUUAAAACUGAAAUGGCGAAAGGGUUCGCUGCACCGAAGGGAAGUUCCGAAGACAGGAAAGGUGCGGAUUCAUGUAUGAAACCUCCGGCGAGCGGGUCGAUUGCACGGAGCGGCGCCACAACCCCUCAAGAAGCAGCCGAAAUGCUAUUGGAUUUUUCAUCUUCGUCCGGUAGCAAAGUGUCUGGCAUGGUAGCCGUCCGAUCGGUUUACCCGGCUUCUCCAGCACUUUUGCAGUUGGCUAAAAGUCCUGCACCCUCACCUUUAGUCGCACCUUCCCCUCAUUCCAACUCGCCUUGUAUCACGGAUGAUGAACUUAUGGAUGAGACGUUAGUCGGUCCCGGGAAAUGAACACGAAUGAUAUUCUUGUUUCGUGGCAUAGCACUUUGCAAAAGAAAGACUAAGUAGCAGCAUUACAUUGAAUAUUCCAAAGAAUGUCUAUAUUAUUACUAUGGAAUCAUGGAACGAAUUUGUCCGAUGGAUGCAUUUAAUUUCGUUAAUAAUAAUUUAGAGAAAAAAAAUCAAUUCCGUCCAUCCGAGAUAUUGUUUUUACAAAUGAAUGAAUUAGGAACUUUAAAAUGUCUCCUUUCUCUAUCAUCACUUUUAUACCUACUGGUGAAAAAAUAACAGCUUAAAGACUUAAAAUAAAUUGUGAAGUAAAUGUGAAAGACACACAUCUGAAGAAAUUCUAAAUAGGUAGAGUAUUAUUAAAAGAAAAAACAUUGAAUUGCGGGAUCAACUUCAUCUCUUAAUAUUUAUUUAUCUCUUUCAAAUAAAUACUGAUAACGCUACAUUCAUUAAUGUAAAUAGUAGAAAACUUAAUAAAUAGACUGAGCUUUAUAAAAUAUAAUUUAUUAAUCUAACCCACGAUUUUAAUAAUUUAUGGCUAAAAAUUGCCCAAUGAAUUGCACAUUCAAAUGUUAAUGAAUAUUCAAUGUACUGCUAUUUUAAAUUAAGACUAAACCGGUUUUACAAUCACCGGUGCGCGGAAUUUUUAUUCUGUAAAUUAUUUGAAAAGACAAUUUAUGAAUACUCAUUUAGAUAUCGUUUUGGCGACAAAUUGCUACUCUACAGUUAAUUGGAAAAACUAAAUCGCUAUGUACUCAAUGGGCUUAACGUCGUCGGUGGAAAUCCUAAAUGAUAUACAUUUCUUUUUGUUGUUUUGCUUACUUACCUAUAUUAUGCUAACAUUUUAAGGCUGAAAUUAUAAUCAAUUCAUAAAUUACGUAGCGUUAUUUGUCUAAGGCUACGUACAGUACGUAGGACAGUGUUAAAACGAGACAGCGUUAUACUGCUGGCAUAAAUCUGUCUCGUUUUAACUGAAAGUUAAGUCUAAGCAAAGUCAAAGUGCGCUCUUAAAAAUCCAAACAGUUUUCGACAAAUAACAACGUUGCUAUUAAUUGAGUAGAUAAGUUAUCGACAUACAAUAGAUAUAAUGAUAUAUAAAUGUACAUAUUAUUGAUAUCUAUACUGGGCUUACGAAAUCAUAUGCAUAAUAUACAACGCAACCCUAUAAUAGACUCAAAAACUUUUUGGUUUGUUUUCUUCAAUUAAAAUCCAACAUUUAAUGAUUACCUAAGUCAAAUAGCAUUUCUAUCGACGUUUGUAAAGUAUAUAUCUAAGCUAAAUAAUUACGACGGUGAAGUGUUGCGUAUGACAUAAUAAUAAUAUAUUCUUUACACUAAUUUUAACUUAUUUAUACAUGUUUAAGCUUUGUUUUAUACGCUAUCGUCUAUAUUUAUACAAAUAAUAAUUAUGUUUAUACGUAGCAUCUAUUUUAAGUACGUGCUUGUGUUACGUUCAUAAGCACAUAUGCAUUAUGUUCGCGGACCAACUGUGAUCUGUGCAUCGUCAAAUGCUCUGAGACAAAUCUAUAGAGCGCACUUUGACUUUGCUCAGACUUAGACACUGUUAAAACGAGACAGAGUUAUACCGCUGGCAUCAAUCUGUCUCGUUUUAACGUCUCAGCAAAGCAAAAUCAAGGUGCGCUCUAUAGAUUGCAACCUGAGACGCGGUCAUGACGACAGCAAACUCAAUCGACUGGUUACGAAUUUUAUAUUCCAAAAGCGCACAUGUAAUACUAACUAUUGACCUAAAGUGGGAGAUUGUUGGUAGACUACAUUAAUAGAUUUCAAAUAAAAAGUACUUUAGAGAAUCUAUCCAUCAUAUAGGGGCUCCUAUCCAGCGAAGCGAAAAUGUGUUUAACAAACCAAUCACACUAUUAAAAGAUAACAUGAUAACAUUAUCAGGACGUGCUCUAUAAUAUAUCAAUAAAUAAUAAUAAAUAAUUAAUCAGAUUGGUUCGAGAAAAAUCAGAAGUUCGAUUAGCUUCAGCUAAUAAUAACAAAGAUAUAAAACACAAACUUAAAGGUGAUAACUAUAAAUCAAAUUAACAUCCACUACAACAAGUAUUAACAAAAGCUCUAGGUCACCUUAGUGUUUCGAUAUGCGAAAUUUAUUAACGUUGUCGAAUUAUGCAAACUUGUAGAUACUUACUAUAGGUAUAACGGAUAGAUGAGUAGCUUCCUGCGGUAGUGGAGCGGUGCGGGAGGGGUAUGGUGGCGUGACGCGUGAGCUCAGUGAUUCCUCAACUUGUGACAACUGUCACCCCUCCCGCACCCCUCCACUACCCGGCAGGAGCCUACUCAGUUAAGGUGCAUAUGACGGGUCUGCCCGCGAAAUUCUUUAAUUUGGUUUUUCGCAAUUUGUAAAUUAAUACGACAAAGUAGGCUUAUGGCGUUCUAAUUCCGACAAUGGCAGUAUCAUCUUCACAGGGUUACAUAAUUGAAAGUGUUCAGUAUAAGAAAUUAGUCAAAAUAAUGAGUUACUCACAAAUUAGUUGAUACUAUAGCUAAUUUCUUAAGCUGGACCCUUUCAAGUAAAGAUUUUUAUAUAAACCUGUGAGGAUGAUACUGCCAUUGGCGCAAUUAAAGUGCCAUAAGCCUACUUUGUUGUAUUAGUUGCGAAAAACCAAAUUAAAUUUGAAUUUCGCGGCCAGACCCGUCUUAGGCCCCUUAAAUCUAUAGAUGCUCAAUAUUGGAACAACUUUGCAGAUGCACAGCACGGUUAUGUGCGAACAUAGUGGAUACGCAGCUUUUAAAAUAGGCAAUGUAACUACAACCUGCCAUGAAUGAAAUACAAUUGUAUGUAAGAAUUUAUUAAAAUUACCUAUCAUUUGUGUUCUGUUGUUUUUAAAUAAUAAAAUGAAAUUAUAAAAAAAUAAUGCGGUAUUUAUUAAUGUAUGUAAAUAAAAAUGUAAGUAUUAUUAGUACGGAAAUUCAAUGAAUGAAUCAAAUGAAUAAUAUCAAUGAAUUAAUAAAGCAUUUACAUAAUUUUAUGCAAAAUGCGAAUACGAGUAUAAGGUUUUUAGCAAUAAAUGUAUUUGAAGCCAUA